GUAUAACUAUAACCGUAACAAGCUGGAUCCCUACUGGAAUGCUACUGUCUAUAAAGUCAUUUCGAUUCGUGGUCAAGUGGCUGCUAUCUCCAGUGAUCCUUUACGCUCCCAGCCUUUCUUUGAGUAUAUUGGCAAUUUGAAGCGCAUUGAUGUGUAG